AUGAAUGCUUUGAAAGAGGUAAUUAGAAAUCAAAAAUGUGAUUUAUGUUUGGUGCAGGAGACUAAGAUAAUGAAUAUGAAUAGAGGGUUGGUGAAACAAUUAUUGUUUGAUGAUGAUUUUGAUUGGUUGUAUCUUCCUUCAGUUGGUACUAAUUGUAAUAGUGGGGGGUUGCUUUCAAUCUGGAAUGUCAACAAAAUUGUGAAGGAAGAUGGGAGAAUGGGAGUUAAUAAUCUUACUGUUGGUUUGUGUUCUAAGGUGAAUGGAAGGAAAUGGGGAUAUAUGAAUGCUGUAAGAGGUGAGGAAAAAAGGAAUAAAGGAGAAGGUGAGGCCAGAAAUAAUGAGUUUCUUAAUAACUUUAUUAUGCAGCAUGAGUUGGUGGAUUUACCAUCGGUGGGUGGAACUUAUACUUGGUCUGACAUGCAAGAGGAUCCAUUUCUUUGCAGGUUAGAUAGAUUUCUUUUGAGUGUGGAUUUUGAUUUACUCUUUCCAGAUGCAAUUCAGGUGGCACUUACUAGAGUGAUCUCAGACCAUAAACCGAUAAUGUUGGUGACUAAACCUAAUAUUAAGUCAAAACCUUAUUUUAAGUUUGAGAAUGGAUGGUUGGUGCAUAAAGAUUUUCUUAAAAAGGUGGCAGAAUGGUGGGGUGUUAUGGAAUUUAAGGGUCAAGCUAGUUUUGUAUUCUUUAAGAAGCUACAGAACUUGAAGUAUUUUUUGAAAGAGUGGAGCAGGAAGGAGUUUGGUGGAGUUAAAAAGGAAAAAGAGGAACUUACUCAGAAAGUUGAUUGGUUGGAUCAAAUGGAAGAGACUCAUAAACUGUCAGAUGUUCAAUUUGGUGAGAGGAUGAAAAUUGCAAAUGCUAGAAAGAAAAGGAAUACUAUAGUUAAACUUGAGGUGGAAGGAGUGGAAAGUCUUGAUCAAUAUAGUAUUAAAGCUAAUUUGAGAAGUUACUUUGAAGGCUUAUUCUCUGAGAAGAAUGACUUUUCUUUUACUUUGGAUAAUUUAAAUUUUCCAAGUAUUACUGAGGUGGAGAGAGUUGAGUUGGAACAAAAGUUCAAUGAAGAGGAGGUAUUUGAUGUGGUGAAGCAUUUUGGGAAAAACAAAUCCCCAGGUCCAGAUGGGUUCUCAAUGGAAUUCUACAAGGUGUGUUGGCCAAUUAUUAUGUCAGAUUUUAUGAACUUGAUGGAGGAUUUUUACAAAUAUGGAUCCUGGGAUUGGAGGUUGAAUUGUUCAUUUAUAACUUUAAUCCCUAAAAAAGAAGAUUCUUGUUACCCUAAGGAUUAUAGACCUUUGAGCUUACUAGGUAGUGCUUAUAAGGUGUUAUCUAAAGUGUUAGCUAACAGGUUAAAGAAGAUUAUGCCUAAGUUAGUGUCUGAGUUUCAGGGAGCUUUCAUUAAAGGAAAACAAAUACUGGAUGGUGUGUUAAUUGCAGGAGAAUGUGUGGAUAGAAGAUUGAAGGCAAAGAAACCAGGAAUUUUGUGCAAUAUUGACAUGCAGAAGGCAUUUGACAAUGUCAGGUGGUGUUCUUUAUUGAGAAUAUUGGAGAAACAUGGUUUUGGAAGCAAAUGGAUUUCAUGGAUUAGGUGGUGUAUAUCUUCUACGAAUAUUUCUGUUCUUGUUAAUGGAAGCUCUACUGAGAAGUUUAAACCUUCUAAAGAUGAUACUCUUCUUUUUGUGGAUGCUAAAGAGGAAGAGGUAAGAAGACUGUUGCUUAUACUGAAUUCUUUUGAGCUGUGGACAGGAAUGAAGAUAAAUUUGGAGAAGAGCACAAUAAUAAGUGUAGGGGCAGAUGAAGUAGUGGAUUCUUUGGCACUGGAAUUGGGAUACAAGGUGGAGAAACUUCCAUUUAAGUAUUUGGGGUUGCCUAUUGGUUCAACAACUAGAUGUGUUUCAGUGUGGGAUGAAGUUAUUAAAAGAAUGGAGGUGAAACUAGCAUCUUGGAAGAAGAACUUUCUUUCUAAAUCUGGGAGGUUGGUCCUUAUAAGAAGUGUUUUAGCAAGUUUACCUGUGUAUUUUCCGUCUUUAAUUCCUUUCCCUAUGUGUGUGGAGAAGAGGCUUAACAAGAUUAUGAGAAGGUUUUUAUGGGAUUCAACGGAUGAAAAGAGGAAAAUGAGCUGGGUUUCUUGGUUGAAAAUUUUUAAACCAAAAUUUUUAGGUGGUUUGGGUGUAAAAGAUUUGAGGUGUACCAGCAAAGCUCUCAAAGCAAAAUGGAUAUGGAGAUAUGCAAAUGAGAAGAAAGCAUUAUGGAGGAAGGUGGUCCAGCAAAAACUCAACAAUGGUGAAGAAGUUUGUUUACCUUCUAAUGAUGAAUCUCCGCAAGGGAGAAGCAACUGGAAAGGGAUUUUGAAGUCAACUGAAUUCAUGGAGGAACAUGUUAGAAAGAAUUCAUCUUUGUCUGACAUGAUUGUGGACGGGAGAUUGCAUUGUCAGGUCAGGAGAAGACUUUAUCAUUAUGAACAGUUGGAAUUGGACUUACUUUGUAAUGAAUUAGUUCCUGUACAUGGGUUGAAUGGGGAAGCAGAUGUGGUGGAGAUUAUGGGAGGAUUUUCAGUUAAGAUGUGUUAUGAUUUAUUGGUGCAAGAGGAUGUUGUUUGUGAUUUUAGCAAGUUUCUGUGGAAAAAUGGUAUUCCUCCAAAGCUGAGUUUCUUAAUGUGGGCAAUUUUUCAUGAUUCAUUGCCAACUUAUGCUAUGCUCAUUAAGGUUUGGUCUUAUUUCAUGAAGGCAUUUCAGAUCUCUUGGGUAUUCCCUGACACUGUAAAGAAGAAUUUUGAAGCUUGGAGCAUGAAUAACUUGAAAGGAAGGUGUAAACAGGUUAAGCCUCAGGGAGAGCCUACCAAAUCGUCUUCUAUUUCCAAGAAGAAAAGCGCUGGCACAAGGGUCGAGGAAGACCAAGGGAAGAAAUUCCCUAGGCGUGAGGAUGAAGAUGUUGGAGGGUCUGAUACUGUUGGUGGUGAAGGUUUGGUUCCAAGGCGUAAUCCUCCUCGGGGAAAGGUGGCGGCAAAAGGAGUGGUGCUGAAAAGCUCGGACGCUGUGAUCGACAUCCCCGAUCAAGAAGAUGAGGACGAUAUAUUCGGGGACGAGCAGCUGUUUGAUGAGGAUGCUGGUGGUCAGAAGGAACGGGAGGUUCCCGUGGAAACUGCUAUUGUGACUCCUAUCGUGCAGCCUGGAGCUCAGGGGCCGACCCAAACAUCGCUCCAAAAGCUGCCCCAGAAAAAAUGUAUGAUUGCUGCCGUGCCCUUGUACCAUGACAUUGCGCCGGUCUUUGAUAAUCUGCUUUCUAAGGCCGAGGAUGAGUUGUCCAAGUCCGUGGAGUCGUCAGAAUCUGUGUUUUCAACCCUAUCAGCCGAGCAGGGUCGUGCUAAGGAUCUGGAGAGAGAUGUGCACAACCUCGGGCAAGAGGUGGAGCAGUGGAAGAAGGAUGCAGGUGAUAUGAAGGUUAAUCUCCAAGCUGCCGAGUCGAGGUCCGAGCUGCUUUCUCAGCAGAUUGUGGACGAGAGAAACGCUCAUCAGAGCGAGCUUGCUGAGGCGAUCAAGGCCGGUGUAAACGAGUACAUUACGCAAAAGCGCCGCGAGGUUGCUCAGAGGAAGGGAGAGGUCGGUGUUGUUCCAUCCAGAAGUUGA